AUGUCCGAUUUCUUCCCGGCAUUUAACAAGAUCUUGGGACAACGGCAGCGGGCGACGAUGGACUAUCGGCCACAGGCCAACAGGACCGCUGAGAGAAUGGUGCAGUCCGCGACCAGGGCGCUCAUGAUGUACGUCCACGAUCUUGAUCAGAGGGAUUGGGACGAAUAUGCGGAGCGCCUCACCUUCGCGAUCAACACGGCUCACGAUAGGAUCCGAGGAGAUACCCCUCACUAUUUGGAUCCGAGAUCGACAUUGGAAGCUACACUGCCGGUCGGAUGUACGAGACGGCGUGAUCGAGACGCGUGGCGAUGGCGAUAUCGAGUCCAGCGAUACUAUCAACAAUCCCGGCAACAAGUCAAUGCCAGAUUGAAGGAGGCCAUCGCAGAUAGAGCUGACCGACACAACGAGGACGUCGGAUCACACCAGAUCGAGGGCGGAUCCCGUGUCUGGAUACGCGCGGAAAUUGGCUCACCUUUGGCUGGGCCGUUCCGAGUCGCCGGAAAGAUCAACGAAUUCAGCGUCAAGCUCGAGAUCGCAGGUAUCGGGUACCAGAUCUUCCCAGUAGUGCACGUGUCGAAGUUGAAAUUGGUCAAGGAUUUUCCGGAUCGGCCGCGAGUGGAACGUACGGUAGAUGAGGCGGAUCGUCUCGAUUUCGACGAGAUCCUGCUCCAGGAGGACAUUUGGGUCCCGGAUCUAGGGGCCGUUGAGUAUGAAGUCGAGCGGAUUUCUGAUGUGCGGAGUGGGAAGAAGACGCGAUUUGGUCGGAUCUGUCGAGAAUUCCUGGUUCAUUGGGCAGGAUAUGAUGAGUCAACCUGGGUCGACGAAGCCGAUCUCAACUGCGGGGCAAUAUUGAACGCCUUCCUGCGAGAACGGGUCAAUCGGAAUCGCUUCAAUGUGAUGCAAUCACAUGAGGAGAUGUAA